UCAGUGUAGUAUGUUUUUGCAGUAAAAUGUUAGGAAAAUCGUUCAGUAUUUCCUAUUUGUGAGACACUAUACCACUCUUUUUUCCAUUCAAACUAAAGACGAACUAAGUUCCUUAUAACUAGGAAGGUGAAUGCCCUUUGCCGUGCUCAGAAAUAUUGCCAGAACUAUUUGAACUCGAGCUUCUUGUAUGACUGCUACCAGGAAAGAGGUGCCCAAAAAUAUUUCACCAGCUAUUGAAGGCCAUAUCAUGUAACUGGUAUGGAAAAGGAAGGUUUACAUUUGGAUCCCAUGGCUCACUCUAAGACAACGUACAAAGCUGUUGGCGCCAAUGGGGUCGUUUCAGACUUGAACAGUAGCACUGAUGAUGAAAUGAUCGAUAUUACAAUGAGUGCAGCAACGACAGACAGACCAGAUAGAUCUCAGGCGCUAGAAGAAGUGCUUUCACACCUCGAUGAUGAUGACGACGAUCCGAUUGAUGUCCAGUUCGAUAAUAUCAGAUCGCACUAUUAUGACAAAUCAGAAGGGUCCACCAACUUGAUGGAUACCCUCGAUGACUUGCCACCAGGUAUAGGACAGUACGAUGAUUUCCACACCAUUGAUUGGCUGCGAGAUAUCGCACGCGAUCGCCAUCGUCAUCGAGAGAUCGUCAAGAAGCGGGCGGCGGGCGGGUGCCUGGACAAGCUGAAGAGCGCCCAUGAUGCCUGGUCUGGUUGGGUGUGUGUCCUGUUGGUCGGAGUCGCUGCAGGUGCAUGUGCCGGCAUCAUCGACAUCGGCGCCACCUGGAUGUCAGAUCUGAAGGAGGGCAUCUGUCUGGACGCGUUCUGGUUCAACAGGGAGCAGUGUUGCUGGUCGGCGAAUGACACCCUGUUCAAUGCAGUGGACGAGGAGAUAUGUCGACAGUGGCGGACAUGGCCCGAGUUAUUUGGAGAUUGGAAUGAAGAUGCAGGAGCGUACAUCCUGAAGUAUAUCAUGUAUGUUGUCUGGGGUCUGAUCCUUGCCACGUUGGCUGUGAUGUUGGUGCGGGUUUUUGCUCCAUAUGCCUGUGGUUCAGGAAUUCCGGAGAUCAAAACAAUCUUGAGCGGCUUUAUCAUCAGAGGAUACCUUGGAAAAUGGACGUUGAUCAUCAAAUCUGUCUGCAUGAUGCUGGCAGUAUCUGCAGGCCUGAGUCUCGGCAAAGAAGGACCAUUGGUUCACGUGGCCAGUUGCUGCGGUAACAUAUUCUCGUAUCUUUUUCCGAAAUACGGAAAAAAUGAAGCGAAGAAAAGAGAGAUUCUUUCGGCUGCAUCAGCUGCGGGCGUCAGCGUGGCAUUCGGCGCGCCCACCGGUGGCGUCCUCUUCAGCUUGGAAGAAGUCAGUUACUAUUUCCCGCUGAAGACCCUGUGGCGGUCGUUCUUCUGUGCACUCGUCGCGGCGUUCGUCUUGCGGUCGAUCAAUCCGUUUGGUAACGAUCAUUUGGUGAUGUUUUAUAUCGAGUAUGACACUCCGUGGGCCAUUCAGGAACUGGUUCCCUUCAUCUUGCUUGGAGCAUUAGGGGGUGUUUAUGGUGCAUUUUUCAACAAAGCGAAUAUCUUGUGGUGUCGUUAUAGAAAGAACUCGACGUUAGGAAAGUAUCCCAUCACAGAGGUGCUUGCUAUCAGUUGUAUCACAGCUCUUGUCAGUUUCCCCAACAUGUACACGAGAAUGAGUGGUAGCGAAUUGAUCCGGAUGCUAGUCAGUCAGUGCGGACAGGAGGACUUGUCUGAUUUAUGCGACUACACGAGGAACCUUUCGAGCGUGAACGAGAAAAUCUCGCCAGCUGGUCCCAAACUUGUCGGCGCCAUGUGGCAGUUGGCGCUGGCAUUGAUAUUCAAGGGCGUCAUUACGAUCUUCACGUUUGGCAUCAAGGUGCCGGCCGGUCUGUUCAUUCCCAGCAUGGCGGUCGGUGCCAUCAUCGGACGGAUGGUUGGUGUGGGCGUAGAACAGCUCGCGGUAUUUCACCAGGAUUCGUUUGUCUUUAGAAAUAUGUGUAAACACGGGGGUAAUUGUGUGACGCCGGGUCUUUACGCGAUGGUAGGAGCAGCUGCAGCCCUGGGGGGCGUCACCAGGAUGACAGUGUCUCUUGUUGUGAUCAUGAUUGAGUUGACGGGUGGCUUGCAGUAUGUGGUUCCUCUGAUGGCAGCAGUCAUGACCAGCAAGUGGGUCGGAGAUGCAUUUGGAAGAGAAGGAAUCUACGAUGCCCACAUCCAUUUGAACGGUUAUCCGUUCUUGGACAGUAAGGAAGAGUUCACUCACACAACGAUAGCUGCCGAUGUGAUGAGACCACGCAGGACGGACCCGCCGUUGAUGGUCCUAACGCAAGACUCAAUGACUGUGGAAGACAUUGAGAAUAUCUUGAAAGAAACCGAUCACAACGGUUUUCCGGUCGUGGUGUCUAAACAGUCGCAGUAUUUAGUGGGAUUCGUAUCAAGGAAAGAUCUGAAUCUAGCGUUGAGCAAUGCGUUGAAAAACCAAGAAGGCAUCGUGAGCAAUUCUGUUGUCUUCUUCACAAAUCAUUACUCAGUGAAUACUGUAGUCGGCGGACCAGUACCAUUAAAACUUACAAAAAUAUUGGACAUGGCUCCUAUUACAGUGACUGACCAGACUCCUAUGGAGACGGUGUUGGAAAUGUUCAGGAAGCUUGGCCUCAGGCAAACACUAGUCACACACAACGGGCGAUUGCUUGGCCUCCUGACGAAGAAAGAUGUCCUGCGGCACAUUCUACAGAUCAAGAACCAAGACCCUCAAACUGUGAUGUUCCACUGAUCAUUUUCCGUUGGUGAUUUUGAAUUACUCUGCUGUCGUGCGCAUGGAUACGUCGCAGGUCGCGGGGAUAAAAAUCGCUUGUUUGCGACACGCUUUUGUAACAGCUGAUAGAGGUUGCGGAGGCAUGUCAAAAAGUAUUUGAGGUCAGAAAUGGAGUUGAUAUGGUCGUGUUUGAGUGGAGAGAUUCAGAAUGGAAGAAGAGAGUUCUAGUCCGAGACAUGCGAUGUCUGAUUUCAGAGUUCAGGGAUUUUCGAUGUGAUAUAAUUUCACACAAGAGUUUUCGAAAAGUUGCCAAAGAAUUUCAAGAUCAAACUGACACGGUUGCGUCGUGAUUGGAGAUAGGAGGAUGUGGAUUCGAAUUAAAACUACUUAUAGCAAAGUUCGGUGGGGAUAAAAGUGUGUGGUUCAGAGAUAUUUGAUUGUUAGUUGUCCAGAUUUGCAGUAGAAUUAGUGGGGAUUGAUAGAUGUGGGGAAUUGUGAUUCUUGCACCGUGAUCGGAGAAAGACAAUCUUGUAGGUAGAAGUGUGGAAGUGAAGAGUUUUGAGAUUGAGUAUGGCAGCCUAUUGACGUUACUUACAUGUGAUAGUUGAGGGAAUUCGUCUCUAAGCUGAGGAUAUAUCACUGCCUGUUGCUUGAAACUUCUAUCAUAAAGCACGCAGCCUUACUUUUAGCUAAAAAGGCUUAGUGCUAUUUUGCCACCUGAACCAUAUCUCAACAUUGUGACCCGUUUAUUUUCAUGAUCUUUACGUCAAAAGUGGGGUCAUUGUGAGCUAUCGACCUCAAGUAAUACAAGACGUACUUACGUUUGAUGUUUGAAUCAUGAAGUGAAAUGGAUAUGUAAGCCAGAUACAUGUAUCAUAUUUGUGUAAAAUGUUGUUGCCUGAAGUUGCCGAGAGAGUUUGACAGUACUGGGCCCAGUUGCUGCAUUUGCAUCAGCAGUCUGCUGGUGUUAGCUCCUAUGGUCUCCCAUCACGAAUCCCCACACCUGAUUGAACAAACAACGCCAGGUGUCUGGUCCAUAAAGACUUAGGUUGCCUUGUAACGUCACGUCCGCAGGGAACGUUAUUAUUCUUAACUGCUCAUGGAUUGGUAUGGCGCAGUGCACUUUCAAAAAUCUUGAUUUUAUGUGCAGUGGGGUGUCGGCAUUUGCAUCAGCAGUCUGCUGGCGUUAACUCCUAUGGUUUCCCAUCACGAAUCCCCACACCUGAUUGGACAAACAAUGCCAUGUGUCUGGUCCAUAAAGACUUAGGUUGCCUUGUAACGUCACGUCCGCGGGGAACGUUAUUAUUCUUAACCGCUCAUGGAUUGGUAUGGUGCAGUGAACUUUCAGAAAUCUUGAUUUUAUGUGCAGUGGGGUGUCGGAAAUUCGUGGUGAUCUAAAGUAAAUAUAGCCAUAUGAAUUUUUCUGUCCCUUGAAAUGUGAUGUCACCCUUAGUUUUAAUACUAUAAAUGAAAUAUAUCCUGAAGGUGACGACGCAUUAUUGAGCUAAAACUGGUGUUUGUCUCUAAUCAAUGCCAGUCAAGCAACUUGGCCCCGACUCAUAAAAAUUCUAACAACUGUACAAAUAGGUGUAUCGAGAAGAAAAUAAGACCAAAGUCUUCAUUCAUUCUUGUUGUAAUAUUGUCAAAAAAUCUAAAAUCUUGUUUUGUUGAUAUUUGUUUAUAGAUCAAGCUGAAAGCUAUUGUGUUUUAUACUGUAAAAUCUGAUGAUACUGUAAAAUCUGAUGAUACUGUAAAAUCGGAUGAUACUGUAAAAUCGGAUGAUACUGUAAAAUCGGAUGAUACUGUAAAAUCGGAUGAUACUGUAAAAUCACUUAUUUACUCUUGGGUUUUAUUUCCACUUUUUUGCUAGGUUGCUGUAGUCGCCAAAAUAAAAUCCUCACUUUAGGUUCAACCAGACCUGAAAAAGCUGUUCGUCGUAAUGUUGCCAGCACCAAUCGAUUGUUUCCUCCUUGGCCAGUGUUAAUUACGUGUAUGUUCUAUCCUGUUAGAUGAAAUGUUCAUAUAAAGAUGUCGUCCAGUAGAAUAUACAGGUUAUCCUUGCAUAUAAUGUCUUUGGGUGGCAUUGCAAUGAGGCCCGAUGGGGUAUAUAAGGAUUAUGUGAAAUUGACUUGCCUCAUACUUGAUAGGAAUGAAUAGUGGUUCUUGAAUAAUCCUAUGUAACCGGUUAGACUAGGCCUAGAGGGCAGAGUUUACUACAAAGAUUUCUUGAGUAUUCACACCCACUCCUGGUGAUACCCCUUAGUGGGCCUAAUUAAAUAUACGGUACAUCUUCAGUUGUACAAGAAGGUAUAGAAGACGUUAUAGGCAAGGAUAACCUGUAUGUACAAUGCUGUUUGCUGAGAUUUCUAUAGUAGUAUUGUUUAAACUGCACGUCUCGUUUAGUAAUGAUUAGAAAUACAGUAGAACCUCUCUAUUAAGGACACCCUCUUGACUGACAAGUGCUUCGUCAAUGUUAAUAGAAAGGUGUCCUGAUUAGAGAUGUCAAAUUGAAUGGAAACUACCAAUUUGGGACCAAAAGUGGUGUCCUUAAUAGAGAGGUUGUCCUUAAUAGAGAGGUGUCCGUUAAGGGACGUUCCACUGUAUUUGAAAAAAACUUCAGUCAGCAUUUAUGGGCUUACGUUGUAAUUAGCUGUAAAUUAACUAUUUAUUUAUAACAAACGUGGUUUAUUUAUUCCGUAAUACAUAGGUUAUCCAUUCUCGAGAAGUCGACCAAAAAUGAGGUUUUGUACAUCCUUACAGCUGUAUCAUUUAUGUGGAUUCGCACCGUGUUGAUAAAUGUAUAGAGGCACCAUUGUUGCGGAAUCAGUUUGGCUAAAUGGGCUCUGCACCUGUUUCCAGUGUUAGAAUGAAAUUGCCAAUUUUCGUCUCCUCAGCUCUCACAAGUGUCGUUUCCAUCUGAAACAACGAGGCUGACUACUUUAGAUUGCUUUCAGUUUGUCUCACCAGGUGGCAGGCUUGCUAUCCUGCCGUAGACCCAUACCAAACUAGGGAAGGAAAUGAUACGUCAUUUGCUGGCUCUGUUGAGCUGAUUGCCUACCGUGUGUUUGGAAGGGUGUAUGACCAACUCGGCCUAUUACCAACUCGGCCUACCAACUCGGCCUGGGUUAUAAAUCAUUGGUUUAUUGGCAUAAGUUUUUCUUAUAUUUUUUUGUUUUUUGUUGGUAUAUAUAGGCCUACUAUGUAUUCAUUCCUGUUGGAAAUUUGAAGAAAAUCCAUUGGGAUUUGAAGGAGAAAUCCAUGAAAUAACGGCGGCGAGUGUGGAAAGUUGCGGUAGCACUCCAAAUGCACAUUCAUGACUGUGAUUCCAUGGAUUUCUCCUCCAAAUCUUGAUGAAUUCUCUUCAAAUUUCCACCAGGAAUGAAUCAAUAGUAGGCCUAUUUAAAUAGCAACAAAAAAAAACAAUAUAAGGAAAACUUAUGCCAAUAAACCAAUGAUUUAUAACCCAGGCCGAGUUGGUAGGCCCAGUUGGUAAUAGGCCAAGUUGCCCCGUAAUCUUUGGAAGGGGUCAGGCCGUGGCAAGAGAACCCAGGUCCUAUGCUUUAGCCGUAUGACUUGGGUCAUUUUUCCCUGCAGUUUUCCAUUUGCAAUCCAGACUUGCCAUUAAUUAGGUAAAGGAGUAACCUGUAGUUUAGGGGUCUUCGUGGGAAAUCAAGAUAAUGUUUUAAUGAUGCGGGUUACAGUCGGUGGGAUGAUCGAAGAAGAAUUAAAUAUUGCGGCAAUCUUGCUAAUGUAGCUUGGUAAAUUUGUUAAUAACCGUAAACUGUUUCAGUGUAAAGAAGAGUUUGCCCCUGCUGCUCUCCAUGUGUGUAGUAUCAGAAUAAAUAUUGUGACCACUUCUAGUUCUAAUAAACGGGUAUUACCGAAAAUAUAUAUAAGGGGAGCUUAUAUAUUUUUGGUAUUCGCAAGUAUCCUAGCCAACUCGAUUAAAUUGAGAGCUGUGAAAUAUUUACCAGGGAUUUAUUUUGGAGAUUUUACGAAUAAAAGCAAUUUGCAAAAAUAAAAAUGGCGAAAAAUUAAUUUUUUGUCUGAAAAAACCAAAAGGGAUUUAAUAGUUAUCUGCCAAAAUAAACAUCAUGAAUUAAAAAUUUUUAAGGAAUUUUUACGAGUUGCAAAGUCAAAUUGGCACAAAUAUUUGUCAGUUUACAUUUGAGUUGAUAAUGUUGGAUAAUGAAAUUUACAUUUGUCUGUAGUAUGAACUUGUGCCCCUCUAUAUCACAAAAGUUGUACAUAAAAUACUUCAUUUAGUGAUACAGUUAGAAUUGUUGGCCAUUCUAUCUGGAUGGUUGCACUCAAGUAUGACUUAAUAUGGACACUAAAAUCAAAAAUGUAAAACCUAUUCAUUAAAAACAUUAAAGUGAACAUAAAUACUUA